CGCGACACUUAGGAAGUCGUGAUGGGACAGAGUUCAGUGUAAACCCUUGGCCGACUGUAGGCCGAGGGGCCCGGCCCGGGUUGCUGUGGCCGGAACAGGAGGAGAGGGUGGAGCGGCUUCGGGACCAGUGCGGGCGAGUCUUGGCUGUGUGGUUCUCCCCUGCCAGCGUCUCCCCGCCUCCAGGGUAGAUAACUCGCUCCACGCUCUGGGCCUGAGACCCAGCGGGCGAUUGUGCCAGGCUGACACUCGCCUUGCGUCCGGUCUCCGACUGUAGGACACAACGAGUGUGGCCGGAUAGGUCUCACCGUGUUGCUUCCAGCCCUUUUGUCUUCCGCGGUUCUCUCUUGGGCCGCCAGAACUCUUGACUUGGAGGUACCCGCUUGGAUUCCCCAUGGAGAAGUUUGGGAUGAAUUUUGGCGGCGGCCCGAGCAAGAAGGACCUCCUGGAGACCAUAGAGACGCAGAAGAAGCAGCUUCUCCAGUACCAGGCUCGGCUCAAGGAUGUGGUCCGCGCCUACAAAAGCUUGCUUAAGGAGAAGGAGGCUUUGGAGGCCAGCAUCAAGGUGCUAUCGGUAUCCCACGAGGCGGAUGUGGCCCUAACAGGUGUCCAGCCUUCAGGUCUCACCUUUCCUGAUUCUGUGGAUGACCGGUGCUCCACCCAUAGCGAGGAUAGCACUAGUACUGCCACUAGUUUGGAUACUGCAGCCAGUCUCCCCAGCACCAGGGGUGAGCCUGGAGUGGAGGAUGACAGACUGGCCCGUGGACUGCCACCUGCAAAGUCCGAAGAGGCUAGUGGGUCAGAGAGUGGCGUCAGCAGUAGCAGUGGUGAUGGGACAUUUGCAGGUGGUGAGGUGGACAAAAGACUGCACCAGCUGAAGACCCAGUUGGCUACUUUGACAAGCUCUUUGGCUACAGUCACACAGGAGAAGUCUCGCAUGGAGGCUUCUUAUCUGGCUGACAAGAAGAAGAUGAAACAGGAUUUAGAGGAGGCCAAUAAAAAGGCAGAGGAAGAAAGGGGCCGCCUGGAGGGAGAAGUGAAGGGGCUGCAGGAGCAGAUAGCAGAAACCAAAGCAAGACUUAUCACACAACAGCAUGAUCGGGCCCAAGAGCAAAGUGACCAUGCCUUGAUGCUUCGUGAACUCCAGAAACUGCUGCAGGAGGAGAGGACCCAGCGGCAAGACUUGGAGCUAAGGUUAGAAGAGACUCGAGAAGCCCUGGCAGGGCGGGCUUAUGCAGCUGAUCAGGUGGAAGGGUUUGAACUGCAGACCAAGCAGCUGACUCGUGAGGUGGAGGAGCUGAAAGGUGAGUUGGAAGCCAUUCGAGAUGAGAAGAAUCGGCCAGAUCCCCGGCUGCAAGAGCUUCAAGAAGAGGCCACCUGCCUUAAGAGCCUUUUCCAGGCUCAGUUGCAGCAGGAAAUAAGAAAGACAGCCCUUGCAGAGGAUCAGCUCCGCCAGCAAUCUCAGGUAGAAGAGCAGAGGGUAGCGGCCUUAGAGAAUCAAAUAUCUGAAGUGUCUGAACUGCUGGGCACCUAUGAGAAAGCCAAGCAGAAGGACCAGCUAACCAUCCAGAAACUAAAGGAGCGCAUUCUGCAGCUGGAUUUGGAGAACAAGACACUGGCUCUUGCAGCCUCCAGCCGAUCCCCUCUUGACAGCCAUGGAGAUGAGUCCAGUCUGGAUGUCAAUGUCCUAAAGGAUAAGAUGGAGAAGCUGAAGAGGCUGCUGAAGGUUGCAGCCAGGAAAAGCCAGGUGACCCUGGAUGUGGAGAAGCUCUGUGACCUGGAGAUAAUGCCCAGCUCAGAGGCUACAGAUGGGGAAAAGGCUACUACAAUUUAUUACCAACAGGAGCUGAAACAGCUAAAGGAAGAGUUUGAGCGUUACAAGAUGAGGGCCCAGGUUGUGCUCAAGAGCAAGAAUACCAAAGAUGGAAACCUGGCAAAGGAGCUGGAGGCAGCGCAGGAACAGCUUGCAGAGCUGAAGGAGAAGUAUAUCUCCCUUCGGCUGUCCUGCGAGGAGCUUGAGCGCCAGCACCAGCAGGAGGCUGAGGACUGGAAGCAGGAACUGGUCCGGCUACAGCAGCUUCACCGGCAGGAGCUGGAGCGCAGCCAGCUGGACUUCAGGGACCGCACACUGAAACUGGAGGAGGAGCUGCACAAGCAGCGGGACCGAGCCCUGGCUGUGCUCACUGAGAAGGACUUGGAGCUGGAGCAGUUGCGUUCUGUGGCCUUGUCCUGUGGGCUGCCAGGUCGCAGAAGCCCUGUAGGUGGUGGGGGUCCUAGGGAUCCGGCUGACACAUCUUCCGCAGAUAGCCUGACCCAAGCACUACAGCUUGCUGUGGCCAAUGAGCCUACGUUUUUUCUAUAUGCUGAGCAGUUGGCUCGCAAGGAGGUGGAGAUCACAUCAUUGAGGAAGCAGAAAUACAGGCUGGAGGUAGAGGUACACCAGUUGCAGGAUCGACUCCUGGAGGAGGGGGAGCAGCAUCGGGAGGAGGUUGGAGCCCUGCAGAGCCACAUCGAAAAGAACAUCAGGGACCAGAGCAGAGAGGGAGCCAACCUGGAAUACCUUAAAAACAUCAUUUACCGCUUCCUGACCUUACCUGACAGCUUGGGGCGCCAGCAGACUCUCACAGCUAUACUGACUAUUUUGCACUUUAGUCCAGAAGAGAAACAAGUGAUAAUGCAGCUCCCAAGCAGUGGUAGCUGGUGGCCUUCUGGCAAGAGAUGAUACUAUGUUCCCUGACUCCUAACAUCUCUGUGCCUCUUUUUUGUGGGAAAGAACAGGCUCUGCUUUUUAGUGCCUCUUCUCUUAUAUUAUCAUUUCUUCACUGUGUUGACCUCAGAGGAGUUUCAGUGUGUGAUGGGAUUCUUUGCCAAAUGCCAUUAAUGCUGCUUUAUCCUUGGGUCCUAGAGAUACUAAAAGUAUUGGGACAGCAUCUUCUGGUGUGAAGGGGAUUGGGGGAGGGGAUAGGACUGAGAUGCAAAAGUUGGGGAAGUGGUGAGAAUCUUUUAAAAUAAGAUUUUUUUUUUGGUUUUAAUAUUAGGCUCCUGGUGCAGGGCUAGGAGUACAUGUGACUCCAAAAGGAGUUCCAUGUAUUUCACCCAUCUCAUCUCAUCUCAGUCCAAGGCUGGUCCAUUGCUGCCCCAAUUCUCUGGGGACAUAAAGGCAGACUAGAAAAUUUGAUGUAGUGACAAGUUGUCCACUUGUCCCUAGAGCUAAUGAAUAGCUCAUCUUGGAACUGGGAAGCUUAGUGUAGUUAGACCUAGGACAACUUAAGUGACCUAGAUAACAUACUACUGAGGAUCCUGAGCACCAGUUUGUUGGAAUUUCUUGAAUGACCUACCUUUGACUGGGUAGGGUUAAAAUAAAUCUCACUUUUCUCAGCCUUAAUUUAUCUGUCUAAGGUUGGCCUGAGAUUGUGAGUGAAUGACUUCACUAUCUUCUUAAUGUUGAGCUUGCAUUAAGAGAGAAAAUCCUGGGGCGGGGAUUUAGCUCAGUGGUUCUGGCACCUGCCUUGCAAGCACAAGGUCCCAAGUUUGAUCCCUGGUACAAAAAAAAAAAAGAUAAAAUCCUGGCUUUUUACAGAGUGGCAUUCCCAAGGUAAGCUCUGAUCCUGCUUGGAAGGAAUUCCCACCGAGAAUUGCUCCCAGCUGUUUUUGCUGGACAGGGACGAAGAGAUUUGCUGCAGAAAAUUCCGAAAGAUUGCCAUGACCCUCAUAAGGAAGUGGUGGAAGUUCAACUGAAGCUGGGGUGGGGUACCUUCAGCCCUAUGGGAUGGCUUUAUUCACAAAUAGAAAGAGGGAUCUCAGAAAACUUGGGUUCUAUUCUAUUUCCCCAUAUGCUCUUGGUGUUUACAGAGAUCUUUGGACCUGAAAGACCAAUGCUUGGCCACUAACUGGACUGUUAUAUAUACAUGUAUCUGUCUGUUAUUUUGUCAUAAAGGUCUAUUGUGUGAGGGUUUGGGGAUAGCAGACUUUGAUUCACAGUGUUCUAAGUGGGAAGUUAGGUGACUUUGGUUCUGUUUCAACAGAAGUGAUGUAUUCACAUGAAAAUAAACCAUGGAAUUACUAAACCUGA